CCUGACAGUUUUGGAUCUCUUAAUUGCUACGGGUAUCACUUUCUAUGCGUAACAAGAGGGGUAUAAAACUGAGCUGAAAUCCCCAUCAGGAGCAACUUUAUUUCCGAAAGCUUCCAGCACCGAAUCAGUGGAGUAUUCAUGAAGCAAUAUUUGAACUAUUACAAGAUGAGGCUGAGAACUUCGAGGUUAGGUUAUCUGUUACUUCAGUUCACGGCGCUUUGCUUUUACGCACAGAACACCGUGCAGUCCCCUCCGAAUUUUAAGCACCAUGUUACCGAGCAGAGCCGGCUAUCGGACCGGAUGAGUCGCAGGCUGACCCGAACCUACCAGCUGUACAGUCGCACCAGCGGGAAACAUGUCCAAGUCCUGGCCAACAAAAGGGUCAACGCCAACGGAGAAGACGGAGCGGCACACGCUAAACUGGAAGUGGAGACGGACUCUUUUGGAAGUCGCGUUCGUAUUAAAGGGGUGAAGACAGGAUACUACAUAUGUAUGAACAAGAAGGGGAAGUUGAUCGGCAAGCGGAAAGGGCGAGGCAAAGACUGCAUCUUCACUGAGAUUGUUCUGGAAAACAACUACACUGCGCUCCAGAACGCCAAGUAUGAGGGCUGGUACAUGGCUUUUACACGCAAGGGCCGCCCAAGGAAGGCCUCCAAAACCAAGCAGCACCAGAGGGAGGCCCACUUCAUGAAGCGUCUACCCAGGGGGCACUUGCUAAGUGAGAAAAGACCAUUUGAUGUUCUUCCUCUCCCUGUCCCCAUGCACCCUUUCAACAAACGGACUAAACAUUCCCAUCACCAGCGCUCUGGGGGACGCUGAGGACUAAAACCACUGAAGGAGAACCGUGGACAAACCAGCACACAAGAACCACUAUAAGAGAAAUCUAUGUGCUCCAAGCAAACUAACUUUUCCUGUCAAGUGCCAAUAUACUUUUUGCCUCAUUUUUGGAUUUAUUAUGUAACUUUUUUGUACUGGACUGUAUGUAAACAUUGACUAUCUAAUCCGUUAGUUUUUUUUUUUCCAAUUCAGGCAGACAAUAGAACGGUUAUUUUCUUAUUAAAUCAGGAGGGAUUUAAAGUACUGAAGUGCUCAACAGUAAUGUCAUGAAUGAAAACCUUUGGUUAGAAGUUAGCCAGCUCAGCAACAAAGAAUGUUUAAAUGAGUAUAAUGAAGCUAGACAUGGCAGCUAUCUGUGGUUACAGCAUCUGACUUUCAGUUGACAUGCUAUCUUGCCUUUACGAGGCCAU